AUGAAAUGCUGUUUGCCUUCAGACUGUGGUGUUCCACUUUCCAUAACCAAUGGCACUGUAGAGACUCCCAAUGGAACAACAUAUGGACAGGAAGCAGUCUACACGUGUAACAAUGGCUACGAUAAGUUUGGGUCAACCCAGGUUCUGUGCACGGCUAAUGGCGUCUGGUCAGAGCUACUACCUAGCUGCAGAAAAACCAGUUGCGGCAGCCUGUCCAACCCAAAUAAGGGCAUAGUGCGGGCUUCGGAAACAACGUUUGGUGAGAUUGCAACGUACAUAUGUUUCCAAGGUUACACUCUGAAUGGCACAGUGACACGGACAUGUCAGGCCAAUGGCUCCUGGUCAGGGUUGGCUCCUGUUUGUGAUAUCAAUGACUGUGGCCGUCUUCCCAGUCCCACUAAUGGCAGUGUUGAAUUCAACGCAACGACAUUCAUGAGCAUUGCGCGGUAUCGGUGUGACACAGGAUUCACGCUUCAGGGUUUUGUCGUCCGUAUAUGUCAACAGACAAGCGAAUGGUCUGACCAGCCUCCUUCAUGUCAGAUUAUGAACUGUGGUAGUCCACCUGCCCUUGAGAAUGGAGGACUGUUGGCAUUACCGGAGACGACCGUGUAUGGAACACUUGUCACAUAUAUCUGCAAUAUCGGAUACGAGCCUACCGGGGACACCAAUGUUACUUGCACAGAGACCAGAGCCUGGAGCAAGCUGCCAACAUGCCAGCUUGUUGAUUGUGGUCCACUGCCAGACAUUGAGAAUGGUCAAAGCUUCACCUUUAAUGGCACAGAGUAUGGGGCAAUUGGUGUGUAUGUUUGUGAGACAGGGUACCUGCCCAACGGGACGACCUCACUAACCUGUCUGGCUUCCAAAGAGUGGAGCAGUGAGCCACCCACCUGUGACAUUGCUGACUGUGGCCCUUUGCCAAAUGUGACAAAUGGAGUGGUGUUUCUACAGGGCACACAGUACAGGGACACGGCGCAGUACACAUGUGACACAGGGCACCAGAUUAACGGAUCCACCGUACGCCUCUGUCAGGCGGACCAAACAUGGAGUGGCACGGAACCCAAUUGCACCAUCAGGGAUUGUGGACCAGUAAGUGGACCAAAAAAUGGAAAAGUAAUAUUGACUUCGAAUGCCACAACAUACGGGAGUGUGGCAGAGUUUAGCUGUAUCCCAAAGCACGAGAUUCUCGGGUCCAGCAGUAUUGUUUGUAGGUCUGACGGAACAUGGAGUGGACAGACACCAACAUGUCAACUGGCUGUUGGUUUCCGUGAGGUAGCAACAGAGGUUACAUUCAACCUGACUGUACCAGCCUCAGAUGACCUCCGCAACCAGUCCACAUAUGAAUCCUAUGUGCAGGAAGUCAGGAAUAAGUUGCUGGCCUUCUACAGGAAACUCCUAGGAUUCGACAUUGACAUCAUCAUUGAUGACAUAAGGAAUGGCAGUUUAAUUGUUGAUUUCCGUGUGGUGUACCCCAACGAGACUGCAGCUGGACAGGAGUUGUCCGUGGCAACACAGAACCUCACAGCCUCUACAGUUGAGCUCCGUAACCAGACUGUAGGCACUGAUAGCGCAUCUGUGAAUAACCUGCCGAUAACUGGUGCAAGUGCUGACCUGGAGACACUGCUGUGUAUUGCCUACCAAGCUACCAUUGGUGCAUGCUCGCCAGGAUAUUUGUGCUCUGUGGAAAAUAACCUCCCAAAUUGCAGACCAGAUCCCACAACAGACUGUGGUCAGCCACUGGGCAUAGCCAAUGGUCAGGUGGAGGUACUCAACGGAACGCUGUAUAGUGCUAAGGCGACCUACACCUGUAAUGUUGGCUUCACAUUAAAGGGUGACUCCAUCCGAACUUGUGAGCCAGUCGGGAGCUGGUCGAAUGCCGAGCCAACAUGCAGAGUGACCGACUGUGGAACUCUGACUGCCCCUGCCAAUGGCGAGGUGUUUGCCCCUGGAGGGACAAUAUAUGGACGGAUAGCCAACUACAACUGUGACCCUGGCUUCAGCAUUAUUGGAGCCAUCAGUGUCACAUGUGAGAAAGAUGGGGCUUGGAGCAGUGACCCACCUGUCUGCAGGGACACCAGGUGUGGCAGCCUGGUAAGCCCAGGAAAUGGCAGUGUGUUCCUGUCCACAGACGGGAACACUGCGGUCUACAGUUGUAAGGAAGGAUUCGACCUGGAUGGUGCAGCUUUACAUACUUGUCUUGCGUCUAACAUUUGGAGCGGGGACCCACCCACUUGCCAAGCUAUAGAUUGUGGAACUCUACCUAACCCGGCCAAAGGCAGUGUGGACCAGACCGAGGGCACGCUGUAUGGAGCCACCGUCACCUACAGCUGUGUUAUCUUUGGUUACAAAUUGAAUGGCUCCGACACACGUACCUGCAAGUUGGACGGGACCUGGUCCGGCACAGAACUGACUUGUGAACAAAUAGACUGUGGUCCACUGAUUGCUCCUGAGGAUGGCAACCUGGUGUUGUCAGGGACAUUGCUUAAAAACACGGGCAUUUACAGCUGUAACCUUGGUUACCAGCUCCAGGGUCAGGCAACACUCACAUGCCAGGAGUCAGGCUGGUCACAUCCCGCACCUAUCUGUUUAGCGUCUGGUGACUGUGGGGUUCUGACCAUCCCAGUCUCUGGUCAAGUUGCCUAUAAUAAGACAACAUACGGUGCCCAGGCCAACUACACCUGCUUGACUGGGUACCGGCUGGAAGGCCCUGAAUCCAGAAUAUGUCAGUUGAACAACACGUGGUCUGGUUCCCAGCCUGUCUGUUCUAUCAUAGACUGUGGUUUACUGUCAAACCCUGCUGGUGGGUCAGUUGCACUGACAAAUGGUACGACAUACGGCAAAAUUGCGACCAUCACCUGUAGUUCUGGUCACACCCUGGUUGGUCCGGCCACGGUCACCUGUCUCAAGUCUCAACAAUGGUCACAUAACUCUACAUGCCAGAUACAGGACUGUCGGACUCUACCCAACCCCAGCAAUGGUGCAGUGGAUACUGUGGCUGGUACCACUUUUGGCUCCACUGCUCAGUACUCUUGUAACCCUGGGUAUAGUCUGCAGGGACACAACUCCAGAACAUGCCAGGAGACAGGCCAAUGGUCUAGUACAGCACCAACCUGUAACAUUAAAGAUUGUAAAGCUCUAGCAGACCCAACAAAUGGGAAUGUAGACCAAUCCCAGGGCACUAAAUAUGGACAGACGGUCACAUACACCUGCAGGGCUGGGUACCAGAUAGUUGGGAUGGGUACCAGACUGUGUGAGGCAGACGGACAGUGGACGGGCUCUCCACCAACCUGUGUGCAGAAAUUAUGUGGAGUCCUAUCUGACCCAGCCAAUGGCCGUGUGAGCUUGUCCCAGGACAGAUCUGUAGGCUCUGUGGCAACGUACACAUGUAACACAGGAUUCAAGAUUCUGAAUGCAUCCCUUGGGAACACCAGGACUUGUGGGCAAGACAGCCAGUGGACAGGCAAUGCUCCAACAUGUGUUGCUGUUGACUGUGGUCCACUGUCCAAUCCAUCCAGUGGACUACUAGAGCUCUCAGCAGGGACUGGAUAUGGUAGCUCAGCCACAUACACAUGUAACAAAGGCUACAUGGUGAAGGGACCCAGUAUUCGUAUAUGCCUUGAGAGCGGGAAUUGGAGUAGAUCCCCACCUGAUUGUGCUGUCACAGAGUGCAGUGGUCAACUCUCAUCUCCACGACAUGGUAAGGUGAGAUACCCAGAUGGGGCCUUGUAUGGGUCAGAAGUGGUUUACUCUUGUGAGUCUGGCUACCAGCUGAGAGGGGACGUCAGGCGCAGAUGUCUCACCAAUGGUAGCUGGGAUGGGGUUCAGCCUCGCUGCAAGAAAAUUGAUGAAUAUGGGCUGGCCAUAGGUCUAGGUGUGGGACUGUCCGGCACCAUCAUCCUCAUCAUCCUGGGCGUGGCUCUGUGUAUGCUCUACAGGAGAUACUUCAUACAUCAACACAGGCCUACGAAAACGAAGAUACUGGUGCCCACAUACUCCAUCCCCGCCUACCCUGAAACCCAGUACAUGGAGGCACCGUCUCUCCCCCUCAAGAUGACUGCCUCUGGAGCCACCACAAGCCAUUAUGUUCCCCUCGGCUUCAGUCACAAUAGGGCUGUCACUGUUGAGGACAACGAAAGCAGUUUCUCCGAAAGGCGAACUUUAGACCGCACGUACAACAAUAAUCACCUGCCAGGGGAAGAAUAUUUCCAGUACUAUCCCUCUCACCAAUUUUGAUGAGCAGAUUGCCAGUAGAGCAGCAAUAACAGGGACCAUAUCAAAACUCCACUUCGAUACACUAUAUCAGCAAUAACAGAGAAUAUCAAAACUCAACUUGGAUACACUAUAGCAGCAAUAACAGGGAAAAUAUCACAACUCAACUUCGAUACACCAUAUCAGCAAUAACAGAGAAUAUCAAAACUCAUCUUGGAAACACUAUAGCAGCAAUAACAGAGAAUAUCACAACUCAACUUGGAUACACUAUAGCAGCAAUAACAGGGAGAAUAUCACAACUCAUCUUGGAAACACUAUAGCAGCAAUAAUAGAGAAUAUCACAACUCAACUUGGAUACACUAUAGCAGCAAUAACAGAGAAUAUCACAACUCAACUUGGAUACACUAUAGCAGCAAUAACAGAGAAUGUCACAACUCAACUUGGAUACACUAUAGCAGCAAUAACAGAGAAUAUCACAACUCAACUUGGAUACACUAUAAACAACUACAGCAAUUAAAACUUAGAACAUAUCACAACUCAAUUGGGAAACCUAUGGACAUAAUAAACAACUAGAGCAACUUUAGCUUAGAACAUAUCACAACUAAGUUUGGAAAUCUAUCAAUAUGAUCAACAAUAGAGCAACUUCAUGUUCGUAUAACUAGAACUAUAUUAAAAUUUAUCCUGGAAACUUACCAGAAUGAAAAACAUGGACCAUACCACAACUGAUUUGGAUGAUUGCCAGAUUAAAACACCCUUAUAGCAAGACAACCGGGACCUUUCUCUCCAUAUCGAAACAACACUGAAAUGAAAUGCAAAUACUACUGCAUUAAUGAACAUUCACUGUUAUAUGUUUUUUGUUUUUUUUCAAUGAGCCAUUAUUAAGUUUCUGUUGUCAAGGUGCAGUGUUAUAUUAAUAUGAUCUUUUGUUAAUGAUGUUCUGGAAAGUGUGCUUUUGCUUGAGU